UGAGUGAUGAAUGCUUUGGAAGUGACGGUGAUACUGACGAUGAUCUCUAGUUCUAUCCUAUAAGCUUUGCUAGUCAACUCCCCGGUACCUGCCCCAAGGACCAGACAGUCAUGAAGUGUUUCCUUAUCCUCACUCUUUUGGCUUCUCUGCGCGCCAGCGCCAGUGCUCAACCCGUGCUCGAUAAGAAGGAUGUGGAUUUGGAAGAGGCCAUCAAAGCCUACAACGCGGUUCUGAAUCCCGAAAAGGGCGCAUCACCCCUCGGAGCAUACAAAGACAUUAUCGAUGCCGCCGACGCACGACAGGUGCUUGGAGUGGCAGGUACCCGACUCUACGGGACUGGGCGCGUGCCACCUUAAGAGUGAAGAGGCUC